UGGGAAGGGACCUUUUACAAGGGGUGGUGGCUUCAAACUGGAAGAGGGGAGAUUUAGCCGAGAUCUGAGGAAGAAAUUGUUUGCUGUGAGGGUGGUGAGCCCCUGGCCCAGGUUGCCCAGAGCUGCUGUGGCUGCCCCAUCCCUGGAGGGGUUCAAGGCCAGGCUGGACGGGGCUUGGAGCAACCUGGUCAGUGGGAGGUGUCCCUGGCCAGGGCAGGGGGUGGCACUGGGUGGGCUUUAAGGUCCCUUCCAACCCAAACCAUUCUGUGAUGUCAGCAAAAAGGGCAAUAAUGAUGAUCACAUAUGUUACCUUAGUGCCUGGACUUGUUUUUUUUUCUGAAGCCCCCCACAAGGGUUUGACAUCAAGGGGUCCCCACUGCCAAGUGGGGACUGGGCUGGGGAGGUGUGUGUCAGGCUGGAAAACUGCCCAGGCACAGCAGCAAAGGGCUCCUCACCUGGGUUUUUGAGUUUCAGCUGGGAAACCUCCAGGCUCCCCAGCAUCGCCAAGUGGAAACAGGCAGUGGGUGAGGAGCAGGGCCCCAGCCUGUGCAGGGAAGUGGUGCCGGGCCAGCAGGGUCCGUGCUGCAGCAAUGGGAGCAGGGUGAAAGAGUGGACCUUGUUCUUCAUGUGCCUCUGGGCUGUCAGGGAGCUCUCAGGCACUUGCACUGCAAAAGAUGAAUUGUUCUCUGGGUUAAAUCUUUUAGAUAUGCCAUGUCUGUAGUUUUCUAAGGUGUUGCUCAGAUUUCUGUUACCCUCCUCCUGCAAGAUGCAAGGAGAUGGGUGCCCAGAUCCCAAACUUCCUGGUGUUGGGAGGCUCAGACCAGACCAGGACUGCAGCGGCAGUGCAUCCUCCUCUUUUUUCUUUAUGAGAUGCUUUUCUAGAAGGCCUGUAUGAUGUGGGAGGCCAUGGCCUGGAAACACUCAGUCCUGCAUCCCACAGGCACUCCUUGAACUCAGUGUGAAUUUUAUGAUUUGCUGGUUAUUUCCUGUAUUUUCUGAACAAGCGAAAGGCUCCUGUGCUGGGCACAGUUCAAGGUUAUAGUAGGGAAACAAAGUGUGCCAUACAUCCCAGUGUGCUGUUGGACAUGCAUCAAGGGAUGGAAUGGUUCCCAGCUCCAGCUACCACCUGGAGGACAGCCUGUCCAUGGGAGGUCAUCCUUCUUGGUCUGGCAGCCCCUGGUGACCAAAGACCUUCACACCCACAAUCUAGGGGACAUCUGAAGAGAGGGAUGCUCUCCAGGCCAGCAGUUAUACUGUCGGGCCAGGGCUUGCAGCCAAGGGAAGGCUGUUGGGGUUGAGCAACAGGGCAGAAAGCAGGAAGGAAGGGAUGCCCGCGAGGAAGCAGCUGAUGGUGUGACAGAGGUGCAAGCAAGUACUCAGGGAGGGGGCAGGACUUGGGACUGGCCCCAAUUACUUGUCACUGUGAUGUGAUGGAAGGGCUGGCUCUGAGCGCCGCUUUCUGUGGGAGCGGUUCCGGGGGGCUUGUGGUGACCAACUCACCAGCUCAGACAGGUUGUGUACACACCGGAAAGCAGAGGUGGCCAUGCCUGUCUCCUGGACUGUCAGGUGCUCUCCAGCCGCCACAGCCUCAGUCCAGCAUUGCCCAGUCUAGCACAGCUUUUCUGUUCCGAGUAUCUGUAGCCUGGGAGGUGUUUUAGUUCAUCUUCCAAAUCUGUGGGAGCAGAGCUGGGUGCAGCGGCGGUAGAUGUAAGCGUUGCAUUAGCUGGCCAGCGAGGAACGGGCGUGAUGAGAACAGAGAGGGCUGAAGAUGGCUGGCAGCUCCACUCCUUGGAUCGGCAGCGCUUAUCUCUUCCUCCAGUCGACAUGCAAGACCAUCGUUCUGCCGUCUCUCUAUGAAAGCUCCCAGAAGAAACCUAGUGUGUUCAAGGCGCUGAAGCUGGCUUUAGCAGACUCCACCGGCAGUGUGAAUGGUGUGGACAUGCUCAAAGUGCACUGCAGCCACCCGCACCUGAUAGUGCAGCUCAAGUUCUGCAAGCAGGAGAACUGCCGCCGGUUCCUGCAGAGUUACCGGGAAGGAGCGCUCCAGGAGUCCCUCCAGAAUCACCUCCAGCUCUCCUUGGCCAUGACCACAGUGCCUCUUGAAAUGGAGCUGAAGGCUGGCAACGAGCACCUCGACAACAUGCUGAAGGAUGAGGAUCGCUGCCUGGAGUGCAUCUACAGAGAAAAGCCUGACCGCCUGCGGGAUGAGGAGAUCUCAGAGCUGGAGGAAUGCCUCAAGAGCCUGAUUGUUCACCAGAGCAUCAACAACAAUACGGCUGUAAAAGGCUGCGCCUCUCUGAACGCCCCAUCUCUACCUUGUCCUUCUCAAGGCAGCUCCCUUUCCCCACAAGUCACCUUCAUCUUUCAGGGACAACACUUCGCCAACAGAACGCUUACACCAGACGACCACCAGAAAUUUGCCAAGCUCGUGUCCAAGAAAUGGAAGCAAGUGGGUCGCUCUUUGCAGAAGAACUGCCGGGCCCUGCGUGAUCCUGUCAUUGAUAACCUGGCCCUUGAAUAUGACCGAGAGGGACUAUAUGAACAAGCCUAUCAGCUGCUUCUCAGAUUUAUCCAGUCGGAGGGGAAGAAGGCCACAAUAGCGCGGCUGAUCGCAGCCCUGGAAGAAAAUGGUCUCAUCAGCUUGGCUGAGGAGCUCUUGGGCCUCCAUUCCAAUGAGGACUGCUCCUAGAGCCCGAAGGGUAGUGGCAUUGCUAAGAGCUUCCUUGCUUUAGCUAGUGUACAAGACUGCUGCAGUGUCUGGGAAUGUAAAGCCCUGAAAAUCACCGCAGGAUUCCAUCUAGAUGGGAAUGCCUGGGGAGAGGUUCUGUGCUCGCAGAAGCCAGCACGGACCUCUGCCGUUCCUUAUUUCAUUCUGUUUCUAGAAGUCCACGUUACCUUCCCGUGAACUGGUGAGAGAGGCUUUCAGCCUGACUUCCUUCAGGACUGGAAUGUCGCAGGGAAGCAGCCAGACAGUUAGAGAGGCCUAGGGGAGGGUGGGGAGAGGAGAAGAGCAAGGAAGGCAUUUCAGAGAAUUUCUCUAGGACGCAGACAACACCAGUGCAUCUCAGGCUGUGGCCCAGGGCUGUCACCUGAAGAGCUGCAAUAUAUUUUUUAUAUGUAAGAUAUUUGUGCCCUCAGGCAUGACAUCAAGCAAAGACAGAGGGGAAAUUAAGGAAAAGCAAAUUUUAUAUUAUUAUACUUCUUCGUUCUUCAAACGAGGAACAUCUGUGGCAAGUGCAUCUGUCUCCUGCCCUGCUCUAGUACAGCUCCUUCCCACCUCUCACCACCCGAAGGUUUCCCUUUUACCUGGGACAGUCAUAAUUUCCCACAGGACACAACAUUGCUGCUGGAGAACAAAUUUCAGGCACUGAACAAGCCCUAUGGGCAAAGACAAAUUCAGAGAAUGAUUCCCAGCUUUUUCUGGACCAUGGUGGACAAGAAUAUAUUGACUACAUCGCGCCUGGCUCUUUCCCACCAGCCCCGAGGGAGCCUGCAUCCGUGAAAAGAAAAACACCCCAGAGCUGGAAGGAAAACAGCCUCGUAGUCAGCAAGGUACCUGUGGAGCGCAGAUUGGAACUGCUGCUCUAAGAUGUGUCACAGCAUCAAGUGCCAUCCUGACCCCAGCCCACAGAGCUGGGCAGUCGCCUCUGACCGGCCAGCUGGCUAGUGCCUUCGCCCACUUCUUAACUUCUGCCUGCGGAGUCCCCGCAGAGGACAGCUCACGCCAUCGCGCCUCACCAGCGCCGGGAUUUGCACAGAGCCUUUCCCUGGCAGUGUCGUCACUGUGUGACAACUGGGCAUCAGCCGCCGGAUUUACCUGCCCUGGUUUUGAGGGUUAAAAAUGGCUUCAAGGACAAAGCACCCAAACCCCGGGGCUGGCUCGUGCUCUUAGUUCCUGUGGGAGAAGCCGACCCUCUGCUGGUAUGGUUGAUGCAGAUGGCAACAAGCAGUGUUUACACCUUUGCCCCUAACAAAGCACAGAGCAACAAGUAUCUAGCAUGACAUGGGUCCCACGAAGCACAACAGCAGCUUGAUUACCUUUGAGUUAUUCCCUGCGCUUUCCUGAUACGGUUUUACUUAUCCUUUUUCAUUAAUUCUAUCCCACUUUGCCCUUCCCAUCUGUGGGAAUAGCCAGUGGGCCUUGGAAAUUAUUUCAGCUGCAGAGGGCGGCUCUGCCAGCACACAAAGCCUGCGUGUGCAGGCAAGUAUCGGGCCACCGGCAGAUGUGUUAGGACCAGCUUUUAGACAGGCAAGCCCUGACGGCCUUUUAAACAUCAGCUCACAUCUUAAUCCUUCCUGGUGUCAAAGGUCUAAUUCAAUAAGGAGGGACACAACAUGGGAUUCAGGUGUGGGCUCAGAUCCAAGCUCCAGGGGCUGGUACUGCUCCCUCAGCUUCUGCUAAAACGCAUGCUGUGAGCACCAGCUGACUGAAGGCCCGGAUCAGGAGGAUUUAGACGGCCAGCUCGCACCCAGUUGGGGUCCACGUGCCCCAGAUGUGCUGAACAUCGCAUUCCCCAGUGUAAUCCUGAGGAACCUGGCUUUUUUCUGCGGAUUGGAAUCCCCAAGAUCACGUGCACAGUGUGGAAAGGAAAUGGAGGGGGGUCAGAGAUGGGGAGAACGUUUCCAGGGUGUGAAUCUGUUUCCAUCUUGCCCUUAGCUUCAAAGGAAGCAGGACUUCAUGCAGGCACCAUCUCCACAAAGGCUGUGGCCCCACGGCAUUUUAUUAAGCCAUUCUAUGUCACUGCUGUUGCAGUCUCGUCUCCCCCAUUCCUGCUCCGUGUCCUGCCCUCUCCCGUAUAGCAGUACCAGUGCUCUUCCCAGAAGGAAGCAGUCAUCUUCUCUCUGACAGUUUUGCUUUCGGGACCAGCACAGCACUGCUGACGGCAGUUAGUUUAGGCUGCUGUGGAACCAUACCUCAAAGUAUUUAGCUUUCCUGCCAGAUCCCAGCUGGGGAACUCUGGCAGCAACACACCUGGCAAAUGGUAUUUUUUUUAAAAAAAAAAAACAAAAAAAACCAAAAAAAAACCAACAGAAAAACCACAACAUCAGAAACUUGAAAACUACUUUAACAGCAAGAGGGUUUGCUCUUGAUUUUGCAAAAAUGAUUUUUUUUUUAGAAGACAAGGUCAUAUGCAUAGCCUGUCUCCUUUGUAAUGAACAUUUCUAAGCUCUCAGGCUAGCUACUCAUGUGCACAACUUUCAUAUACAGUUAUAAGCCAGCCACUGAGUAGUGAGAACUUCUUGCUUUUCUAGUGUCUGUUAAUGCUCAGAAUGAGAAAGGCUUAUUAUUCAGCAUCUGCUUCGAGCCCAGAAAACGACUUUGCUCUUAUUACUGUCUUAGAGAGGACUUAGCAUGAAUGUGUUUUUUUUUCCUUAAUGCAAACCUCGUGCAUUUUAUUCCUCUGCCAGCAAUUGGCAUAUGUGUUUCCUCUUACUCACAGAUUCCCUCUCAAAAGUGCCAUUAAGUGCUGGAGCUCCUGGCAGCCUUUCUGGAAUAUCGUCGUCUUUAACAGCAUUCACAGGUGCCUUCAUUGCGGAGACUCGAAGAAAAAGGGUUUUCCAGUGAUAUUCCGUGAUGGAAUUGUCUUGAGCACAUGGCAUGGUUUGGGACCAUAGCAGUAGCUGUUUCAUACCUUCUUUUCCAUGAUUGGUCAUCAUCAUCAUUAGAUUCAAUGAAAAAUUGAUUCUGUUCUCAAGCGGACUCCUUUCCUGCUAAAAAGAGUAGGGUUUUUUAGUAUUAUCUGGCACAAACAUAGAGAGAGACAAUUUUCACAGAAGCCUUAGAAUGAAACGGAUCACAAUUGGAUCACGGUGUCAUUUGCAUUGAUUUGGCAUUUGCCCGGGGCUUGACUCAGAAUUUCUUUCUGUUUUACCCAGAAGAUUUUACAGCGGUUUUACACCAGUGUGCAAAGACAGGGGAACUUGCAUCACGCAGGGAAGGAAGAAGCGCUCAAAGGAAAAAAAAAACAAACAAAACCCAAAAACAUCAGCACAGGUUUCUUGAAGAACUUAGAGGCGUGUCUUUACCUCGGAUAGUAACGCAAUGAGCGGAACUAGAGGAGGAGCUGGGUGUUGGGGAUUCUUGCCGAUAUACCACAGACUCAGCGCUGUGUGCUAGACCAAGGGCUAGAAUAAGCACCCCCGGUGUCACGCCGCUGGAAGGGGAGCGCACAUGUGCUUUCUUCCUUGCAAAGUUAGCUGUGCACAUACUGCACCUACUCAGAUGCCAGGCACGCAAGCGACGCUCCCUUACUACUAUUUAUACCGAUGAGCUAACGUCUAGCGUGGGAGAUAAGCCAUGGGCAGCGCUGCUGCUGGGGGAUUUGGCCUUAUCCCAUAACAACUCUUCCCUACCUUUAAGAUAAGUCUGGAAAACAAAAAAAACAAAAAAAAAAAAAAAAAUUUUCAGGGGGGCUGGUGUUUCAGAAUCAAACAUGUAGCAAACCAGUACACGAUAUUGAAAGCAACUAAAGAUGCUAAUCAGUUGCAUAUAAAAAAAAUGAAAUAGACAAAGUCUGAAACAAACCACAGAAACCAGGCCCAAAUGUGCUUACGGGAAGGCACCCAAGAGGGCUUUUUUGUGGUACAGAUUGUUUUUGUAGUUUUAGCAGUGUUUCAGAUUUGAAGGAGGCUCCUGUCGGUCUGCCAGAAAGAACAAAAGAUCCAUCCGAAGGAGAAUUUGAAUGAUUUGUUUUGGCAUAGCUGGGCUACAGCGCCCACGUGGGUGACAACAGAGGGGAGAGUGAAAGUUAAAGCGCUCCCUGUGACGUGAGGCAUCUGACAGGAGUCGAGCUGAGAGGCUGCCCUGAUAGAAAACUGUCACCAAGGAAAAAAUGCCAAACUGCCCUGGAGGGCAGAGGCGGUGAAAGACUGACAUUAACCCUCUUCGAUGCUUGUUAAAAACACACCAUCGAUAAAUUCACCUGCUGAAGAGGAGGACGCGCCAUCACGGCAGGUAGGGAAGGUCAUUUCUUCCAGCAGCUUCAGUUCUCACAUACCACAGCUGCUGACAGCGGACCGGUCUGUCAGGUGAGAACAGUACCUGACUCAAAAGUAAGGAAAGGGUUCAGGAUUAUUGAUUGGAAGCGCUUAAAAAUUAUGAGCCUGACCUGAAAGAAAUCAUAACAUUUCCUUCCAUAUUUUCAUAGCAAGUCAAAUUAAAAACAAAUGCCGAUCGCUCACAGGAAUGCUUUCCAGGUUUCCGUUUUCAGCUUCGGCCCUACCAUGGAAGGGAUGGAUACCUGGAUUGUUUUUCAUGCAAAAAUGUCACAGCACUGCAGGUUACAGGGCUUUAUGAAAAAGUCCGAGCCUCCAGGUAAGACAGUUUGCUGGAGUUUCAAAGCUGGGGAGUCUCAGAACUGUAUCCGUUUCAAAAUCUAGAGGAAGCUGAAACAGAAAACAGAAUAUACUUUGCACCACUGUCAAGAUAUAGAAAACAUAAGGCCAAAAAAGUGUGGAGGCUCAGAGCUGAGGGAAACUGCUUGUUCCGAGAAGGCCUAGGUGCUUGGUGCGGACACUGCUCCAGACAAAGCUCUUUUCCCAGCGUGAGGAGAUGGUGGGGCGUUUCCUUACCUCUUAAUUUUGCCAUUCAUUUCAAAAUCCGCUUCAGCAUUGCGAAGCCGUCCUGCUGCCGGGGUCUCCCCUCUGAGGUCCCAAAAGGCCCCUCAGAGCCACCUCCGAGUCGCAGCCCGGCGGCCGCCCGCAGCCUCUGACACCACACUGAGCCCGCGCAGCAAGGAGGGGCCUCCAGUUCACUUAAACCGACCCAUUUCGUUUAACGGAGAAUUCUGGUAUAGCCGCGUACCCCUGGCGUUGUACACCUGAAACCCAGGCGGUACUGGAAUGGGAGUCACGGGGGUUGCUUCAGUCUAACCCACGUACUGGAGCGCGUACAUGGAACUGGUGAGAUGCAGCCCUGGGUCUGGCCUUUUGUCUUCUGUAGGGAGGUGGGUGACACAAUUUAAGGUACGGUGAGGCAAUUUAAGGCCUAGAGUCAAAAAUUGUAAUUUUUUUUUUUCUUCUCUGGAUUGAAUUUUAAAGCCACUGAAGGAAUUUGGCCAUACAUCCCUAACUGAAAUCUGUAGGAGAUAUGUGGUUAAGUCCCUUAGUCAUCAGUGGAAAAAUCCCUUGCUGACCUUUUAAUUCCAAAUUUCCGUGAUACUCAGCAGCAUAUCUGGAUCAGCCAUCUACAGCUAUGGACUGCAGUGCCAUGGAUACUCAGGUCUGGGACAUUCAACCUCCAAGCAAUUGUCUUUUAUAGAAAAAAAAAAAAAAAAAGCACUUUGGUCUAUUUUUCC